AUAAACACACCACCACCCACUACUAGUACUGCUGCUCCUGCUAGACCAAAUAAAUCCCCAAGCGAGAGAGAGAGAGAGACGAAGAACGAAGGAAUGAAGUUUAGAGGAGAGAAGAAGAUGAGUCUGGAAGAGUACGUUGAUUUCUUCUCGCCUGAGAAUCCCGUCGACUUCACCAUCUCUCACCUCAAUCAGAUCAUUCAUAUGCAUGGUUUCCGAAAGCUCCACAAAGCUCAUAAGAAAAUUGUAGGCGAAGCCGUGGAUUCUCUGAAUCUAAUAGAUCCCUUUCGCUCGACUCUGAAACAAACCGGCGCCGUCUCGUCGUCACCAUCAUCGUCUUCCCUAACUCUCGACGAGGUCAUAACCGACAUCGAAGCUUUGAAAUGGCAGGAGUGCUGUCUCACCUCGCUCCAGAUCAUCAACUCCGAGUCGUCGUCAACGUCGUCAGCGCCAGCGCCCAAACGUAAUCAGAAAUCCAACAAGAGAAAGAAAGCCACAGGGACGACUACGAAAUCUGGUGAUGAGAAUGGCAUCACGACAGUGGUCUCAUUCCCAGCUUUGCCGAGAAAGAUUAGAACCAAAAAGACUAUGAAGAGCAUCACCUCCUUGAACGAAGCUUCUGCACCACUAAAACCACUCUCUGACAACAACAGUUUCCCAUCCAGGUUCACUACUAUUCCAUAAAUCUCACUUUCUAAAUUUCAAACUCUGUUUUUUAAAAAUGUCUAUGUUCUAGAGGACUUCAAGUCUGGUUUGUGAAUUUUAGAUCCAUUGCUUAUAUUUUUUAAUAGAUUACUAUGCAGCAUUAUACAGAAAGCAUAAAUGAGUAGCAUAAUUAAUCAA